AUGCCCCAGUCCACCCGCAUCUUGCAAAGAGACAACGAAGAGCUCACGCCCGUCGAAGAGGAAAAACUUCGCGAGCGACUCAUUUUCCUUCGCUCUCCUCCCCUGCAGAGAAGACCCUCAGACACUGAGCCGCUCGUCAUCGGCUCUGGCUCUGGUACCCAGGGUCACACGCACAGCAGCUCUGCUCGCACCAGUCUAAUGAAGAACCUCAACAACGACCCCUACAACUACUCUGACGACGAAGACAACUACGACCAGCAGCAAUCCUUGUCUUCUUGUCCCAAUAACAUGGACCACAAACACCAUCACAACCUAUUGAACAGCAAAAUCAACAAGAUCUCCCACAAACACUCAACAACCUCCACAUUUGAUACAUACUCCACGGCCCCCACAGCUCCCGUCUCCUCCUCCAGCAGGGGAAACGUAACCAAUCCCUUCGAGGACCCUGCCCAUAUCGAACCCUACGGCUCCGGUUCUUCCACUCCCUCCACCAUCCCCUCCAGCUCAUCUUCUCCCCAACCUCAUCCUCUCUACCGAACCAACCCCAACCCCAACUCCAGUUCCCUUCACCCUCAUCCUCAUCCUCACCCUCCUCAAGCUUUGCACAGUAACCACGGCCUAGACGGCACGGUCUCUGCCAACACCGGUUUCAACGCCGGGGCUACUCACAGUGGCCUGCCCGUUCCGCACCACGAUCGGGUCGAGAAGGUCGGGCAGAUCGACUUCUUCCAAACUCUCAAGGAGGGUGAAGAGGUUCCCAAGGGCGGCAAGGCGGGCCGUCAAGAGGUUGCUCAGACGGGUGACGGGCAGGAGUAA